AUGAAAUCUUCAAUCACAUGUCUUUCCAUUCUAAUCCUCUUAACAACCUCAAACGCAUCAAACCAAACCGAGAAUCUCUCUGUCUACGAAACCCUUCAGCAAUAUGAUUUCCCUGUUGGUAUUCUUCCACAAGGUGCCACAAGCUACGAGCUAAACAAAAACACAGGCAAGUUCACGGUGUAUUUUCAAGGAACAUGCAUCUUCGGUAUAAAAUCUUACGAUCUUAAGUACAAAUCUACUAUCAAGGGAUUUAUCUCCAAAGGUAAACUCAGUAAAUUGAAGGGUAUUAGUGUCAAAGUUGAACUCAUAUGGCUCAAAAUUGUGGAGGUGACUCGUCAUGGUGAUGAUCUUGAGUUUUCUGUUGGUAUUGCUUCUGCUGAAUUUAGUAUUGAUAACUUUUUAGAGAUUCCUCAGUGUGGGUGUGGAUUUGAUUGCAACGGUUUGAAAGAAGCAUGCAAUAGGGGGAAGAUGCAAUGCUCUAUGAUGUUAAACUCUAUUGGCUUGGCACUUGCGUGUUGUGUCUAG